UCGAUGACCCGGAGUUCCGGGGCUACUUUGCCAACGCCGUGUUUGCCGUCAGUGGCGGUGAGGGCGGCGGCCAGAGAGAGUUCAGGAAAUACUUUGGCUGUGAUUUCUCCACCGACCGCCGUUAGUUAGAGUAGAUCGGUACCGCGCUGUUGUACACCGGGUACAUGACAUGAGUACUUACACAUCACACCAUGUCUCAUUGUUUUUUUUCCCUUUCUCUUUCAUUUCUGUUUGGGAGGACGGGGUUUUCUACUUUUUUCCGCUGGAUUUUGCCGUUCGUUCGUUGGUCGGUUUUUGCUGGGCUUUUGGAUUGUUUGCUGUUAAUGGGUUCACGGGCGUCAUACACACGGGUGGUCAUGGUUUUUAUCUCUGUCUGUUUUUUUUUUUUUUUUUUUUUUUUUUUUACGACUCCUUAUUUAUUAGGCUGGUAUGUACUUGGUUGGCUGGUUGGUUGGUUUCCUUAUGUUGGUCCGCUACGAUACGAUACGAUACGAUACGAUACGAUACGAUACGGUUCGGCUCGGCUCCGGGGUUUAAAUUAAAGUGUGCAUGUACUCUACGAUUUACAAUAUACAAUCGAGCGAGUUUGUUGCGAAACAUCAUUCAUGCAAUAUGCAAGGGAUAACCGCACCCGAACCGGCCGAACCGGCGGAACCAGUCAGCACGCGGGUGGUCCUCGAUGCGGGUCAUUAUAAGAUUGCACCGCCGCGCCCUGUGGCCAGUGCUCACCCAGACACCAGACAGACACCCGACAGACAAAAGAAACCAGACAUCAGACACCAGACAUCAGACAGACACUAGAA